CAACUACUUGUUGAUCACCAACGGUAUCAGUUAUCUUUACAUUUUUAAAGUUAGUUUUUCCCCUCGUGUGUCAUAAUAGAUUAAAUAAUAUUCAUAGUUUCAUAGGUAAGAUUUCUCAUUAGUGUUAGGAUUUUAAAAUAAAUAACUAAAGACACUAAGUGCGUCAAAAAUAUAAUAUAAAUAUAAGCCCGUGUCUCUGUCACGUCACUGGUCAUUCAGUUGACAGUUGAGUCAGGGACAUAAAAAAGAAAUUAUUUUUUUUUGGUAAUCUACCACUUGAGCGUCGGCCAAGAAAAAAUCCAGCUGUUCCGGUUGGAAGGGCUAUUUAAACAACUAUUCUUUUAUUAUUUUUAAUGACAUUGGUUGUACGUACCAUUCCCAUAAUAGACAAUUUUUUUUUAAUAAAAAAAUUAUAACAAUUUUUUUGAAAUAGAAGAUAAUGAUGUGUGAAAAUGGAAUUAUGCAUAGUUAUCCCCCAAGUUGACAAUGAAGUUUUAAAUAAUAUAAUUUCCACGAAAACGGUUGUGGUACAUGAAUCCACGUAAAUAUGAAGGGGAAAGAUCACUUGCGCUUCUUGUGCCAAACUGUCUUUUCAGUUUAUGCUUUGUGAGCAUUCACGUUUUCCACAUUCUGUGUGUGGACAUCCGCGUCAUCUGAAUAAAAAAAAAUUAAUUGUUGUCUCUUUUUCUUCCUGGCAUAUCGGUUGCUUGGCAGUAAUAAGUAUUUGAAUGUAUUAGUAUUAUGCUAUAUAAUAUAUAACUUUAUAGCCUCUAUUCUAUACGGAAGCAAAAAUAUUAACAGACUCCAAUGUAAGAAUAGUUGUUUAUAUAGCCCUUCCAACCGGAAAAACUGGAUUUUUUUCUUGGCCGACGCUCAAGUGGUAGAUUACCAUUUUUUUUCUUUUAAAUAAAUAAGGGAUCGUCCAUUAAUUUGAUUAAUAAUUACGUCAACAAUUUUAAAGCAAUUUUUAACACCCCCCCCCCCGUCAACGACUGUCAAACUUUCUAUGACCCCCCCUCCCCCAAGUAUUUAUGUCAAAAUUUCUAUGCCCCCUUCCCUUAACAAAAUGAAUAAUUCUUUUAAAUAAAUAAGGGAUCGUCAAUUAAUUUAAUUAAUAAUUACGUCAACAAUUUUAAACCAAUUUUUACCACCCCCCCCCCCGUCAACGACUGUCAAACUUUCUAUGACCCCCCCUCCCCCAAGUAUUUAUGUCAAAAUUUCUAUGCCCCCUUCCCUUAACAAAAUGAAUAGUAAUAUAGAUUAAAUAAAUAUAUUAAUAAAUUUUACGUUGUGCUGAUCUAUUAUUUUAAUAACACAAAAUUGCAGGGAAAACAUUUUAUUGCAUAUUUAAUUAGCUUGUUAAUCAACAAAUUAAAAUUUUAUAUAACUAAAAAUUAUUGCUUCGGCUAUUCGGACCCGGUAUCAGAAGUGAGAGGUUGGGUUUAUUAAAAAAUAUUUAAAAUAUUAUUGUUGGGUUUGAGUUUGUAAAAUAAAAUUUGGCAUCGAAAUAUAAUUGAAUGAACUAUAUGUUUGUAAACCUAAUUCUUUAGAUUAAGUUCAUUAACUAAAAUAAACUACCACAAAUGACAUCCGAAUAGCCUUUAGUCUAAUGGAACCCGGGUUCGAAUAGCGGUGAUGCGUUUCCAGUUACAUUUUGAAAGCCACUUUGAAAAAUUAUAUAACUAUUUUAAUUUACAUUCAUUAAAUUUUUUUAAAAUAAUGUAAAAACCAUGAGACAUGAGACAAUUUUUAGGAUACAAAUUUUAAUAGAGAAAACAUGAUUGUUGACGUCAACUAAUCUAAACACCAAACACUCCUCCCAUGUUUUACCCGUGCCCACUAUUUAAAAAAAUUUAAAAACCAUGGGACAAGAGACAAUUUUUAGGAAACAAAUUUUAAAAGAGAAAACAUGAUUGUUGACGUCAACUAAUUUAAACACCCCCCCCCCCCCCCCCUUUUUCCCCCUUGUCAACAAUUGCCAAAAAUUUCCAAAAAUUUCCAAAACCCCCUCCCCCCCCCCUCCCCUUUUAUUUUGUUGACAUAAUUAAUGGACGACCCCUAAAUAGUUGUAACUAUCAAGAAGAAUACUUGUACACUGUAACUAAAGUAGUGAGGGAAAAUGUAGAAGAAAAAGUGAGAGAUCACAAAAAAUAUAGGCUAAUAGCAAUAGCCUAUAUAUAUUUUAAAAUUGAUUACAUACUUACAUUAUCAUAGUAUAAAUUAAAGGACUGCAUUCAAGCCUAGUAAGUCAUAGAUAGGUCACAUGUCUAGGCCAAGGUAUUUGACUUUGAGGAUAUUUCCAUAUAUUAUGACUAUACUCACAUAUCUUGAUGUGAUUUGAGAGGCCAUAAAUUAUUUGGUCUACUGACACGGUUGCUUUAAAUUAAACAUUUGGCUGGCUUGGUUCAAGAUCAUCAUCAUAUAAGCUUCAAAUUUAUUUCCAGAUAAAAACGUUGAUCUCAAUUGACUUUUUUAUAAAUUUAAAUUUCGAGAAUCUUUGUUUGAUUUAAAAGCUAAUCCCAACCCCCCCCCCCUUUUUUUACCCCUCCUGUUGACCCAUACUUCAUAGGCAUUGGACACCCCUGUUGCAAACAUACAAAAAAACGUUCAACCCUUUGCCUUUACUUUUUAACAACAAAAAUAAAAUUGAUUUAUAGACAAGUAUGAUGUCACAGUAAACAUGUUAAAAUAUGUCAUAGGUUUUAUCAACUGUCUGUUUGGCGCUGGCUAGUGGUUCCCAAAAGUGUGCACAGCAAAAUAUUACACACUUUUCAUAAUUGUAUUGCCACUUGCAAUCCAAUGUGAAAGGAUACAAAAUGUAAUGGAAAUGGUGCAAACCAAAAACUAGCUUAAGUUCUUUAUAAUUUUAUAACAAAAAUAUUACAAUUUUGUUGUCUUUUGUUCAAAGGCUUGCGUUUCGAUUUACACAAUUACAUUUUUUGAUAAAUUCAGACAAUCUGCGCCACAGCUGCCAUCUUAGUUGCCACUGCCUGUGAAAGGCCACCCUAAACCUAACCUGCACCCUAACCCAUUAACUUAAAUAAACACGUAAAUGACAUCGUGUCACUAAUUGUCUCCUUUAGCCAAUUUUUUGUUCUCCCUAGUGGGUAGCGGCCUUCACGUCUGCCCAAAUGUCUGAAUUGACUUAAAGUUUGAUUGAGCCAUCUCUUACUAUUCUUAUAAUUAUCUCUACACCAGUAUGUGUUUCACAGUGUUGUGGUCAGCAAACAUAAUGUUAUUAAGUUAUUGGUCUGCUUUACAGGAGAAAAGAUACUCUAUAAAAGUUAAAUAAAGUUAAAAUAACCAUGAUUAAAAAAACUUGAAACUGCUUGCAUUAAUUGUAAAAAGUUAAUAGGGAGUCCUCUGGAUUUAGGCUGGUCAUGGAUUAAACAACAUUUCAUAAUUAAGCCUAGGGUCAAAUAAAAAAAGAAUUCAAUUUUUUUCAUCUUUAAAUCUAGCAUUGAUGGAAACAUAUCCACCAAAUCCUUCUCUACUCUACACUGACAGCUCCACAAAAGAUUUUACUGUACUAUGCUACUUUAAAAUUAAAAAUUAUUGCUACAGGUUUUGAGGCUAUUAUUAGUACUAUUUAAUAUAAGGCCCAUUACUAUUUCAGUGAAACUUUUCAAUUGUGGACCUUGCUAUAGCGAUGUCCCUGGAAAAUGCAGUAACUUACCACCGACAUGUAUUGAUUUUUUUUAAAAGUAAUCUGGAAGUAUAGAAACUUCUGUCAAAUGUGAAAUGCAAAAGUCACAAUUGUUUCUGAUAUAUACAUAAAUUGAUAUGGCUUUAUAGUUAUAGAAAAGCAAUAGCUAUUUUGUGGAGGUUUAUGGCCUACUAACUAAGGCUAAUUUAGACCUUAACAGGACUUUCAGAGCAAUUUUAUGGUAGGGAUGGGGGAGCUGAAGAUUACAAAAGAUGGUGCUUCAAUUUUAAGUCACAGUGAGAAAUUUUUUUUUUUUAAUUAAGGAAAAAGGUAAAUGUAUUAUAAUAUGUAAAUUCUAGCAUCACGGUAUCAGUAUGCUGACUGUUAAAUUGGAGUUGCUGGAAUUGCACAAUGUCUACAAGAUUGAGGGGAGGGGGGGGACUUAAAACCAUUUCCCUUAAUCCACCCAUCAUGCAUGCUAUGACUUGUGUGGUAAUAUCUUUGGUAGACAAGAAUUAAUAUUCAAUGAUUAGUAUUAAUUACUCUCAAGUAAGAAAGCUAUUCCUUGGAGAGGGUGGGGCAGUGGCUUGUUAACCCUGACCCUGAGUGAAAAGUAAAAGCUCAUUAUCACUUAAUUUGAAAGACAGCAGACAACUUGGCAAGGGAUUAAAAAACUGUUAUUUACGCAGAAGCAGUUGAGCAAUCGCCCUAAUAAAUGUGUACUGUUGCUUGGAAAUUGUGUUCUUGCUUGAUUUUAACAGAUCUAUGUAUAAUCUCAUAUCCAUCUAUUACCAUAAUCAUAUUUUUUUUUAAAUAUUCCAACAACUUUAAAAAGUGCAGCAGAUUUUUAGUAUUUAUUAUUGUUUUUAUCAUUUUUUUUCAGUCUCAAAUUAUUUAAAGCUGUAAGAAAUGAAAUAAUGCUAAAGUGACCUAAUGACUUCAUUUGUCAAUCCUAACUUAACCCUUGCAGUUUAUUUUUUUUUUUUUUUUUUUUUUUUUUUUUGUAUAUAUCAUCAGUUCACCAUAAUGGGACCCAUUUAACUAUUAUAUUUAGUAUUCCUAUGUUUGGAGGUAUAAUUAUCUCCCCAUGAGUUUUGCAUGGAUAUCAUUAAUAACAAUUUGUUUACUUACUGUUACAUUUUAUUACUUUAAUAAAAUAUUAUUUAAGAAAUAGUAACUUGAGGGACAAAGCACACCCACCCCUAAUAAGUUCCUAAUUUUUCAAUAAGAAUGAUUGCACUGAAAGACAUCAAUAUCAACUUUUUUUAUGUUAAGCUGCUUAUGUUCUUAGUGUGCCCCAAAUAAUUUAAUGUGAUGUGUUGAAAAAAAAUCAUUUUAGUUGAAAUGUAAUACAGGGUUGAGUAAGCAAUCACAAAGCUACAGUCUACAUAUCCCAUCAAGUAUGUUUCCACUCAUCCAUGCAGCUAUAAUAAUGUUUCAUUACAACCACCUCUCAAAGCUAUGAAACAAGCUUCCUCUUUUCACGGCCUAAUGGUUUUAAGAAAUGUUUAGGGCUUUGUACAUCUAUUUUUGUUCUUUUUGAAUUGGCGAAACAUGAUGCAAGUCAAGUAGACAGUGAAGAGUCACUGAAGGAGGUAACUUCAAACUGGGUUUAAAAGAAGUCUCACAAUACUUCUUAUAGAAUGCAGUGUGUACCGGUGUAUAAAAAAAAAAUUCUUUAAAAUUUUGUAAAAUUAUUUAUGUCUACUUGGUUUGAUAGAGCAAACUGUGACCAUGAAAGCUUUACCAAAGGUUACUGCAAUUUACAGUAAUCUUUUGUAAAGCCUCCAUAGUCACAGGAGCUAUAAAUAAAAUUUUGAUGGGAUAGAUUAUUUUGUUACUCCAAAGCCAUAAGUGUCAAUAAAUGUCAUUUGAUAAACAUCACCAUAUUUUUGUGACCUGUUUUAAUGAUAUCCUAGCUUGAAAUUUAACCUCCAGGUAUGAACUCUGGUGUCAAGAAAAACUCAUCUCACAUUGUUUUAAACAAAUCAAUUUAUAUUGUAAUGAUUUUUUUCUGCUUGAAUUUUCCUUGUUAGUGUAUGUUUUUAAAAAAAAUUAAAGUAAUUUUAUAUAAUCAGUACCAUAAAUUAAUAUAUCAAUGUUAAUAUUUAAACUCCCCCCAUUAGAAUGUUACAGUAUGUCAAGUAUUGGUUUGCAAUAACAUAACGGUGCACUGAUGAAUAUUGAUUUUCUUUUAUUGAUAAUUAUAAGAAAUAAGACCGGGCACCAUUUUUUAAGUUGUUGGUUUUUUUUUAAGUUACAAAAUUAAACUUAAAAUAGCAAAUUCAUGUGCAAUGAACAUUUUCUUUUUGGACUAUUGCCCUGUAUAUGUUUAACCAGGGGUAGGCCUUAUUUUCUCAGACUCUGAGGCUUAUAUUUGAGAGAAGACAAAUCAUUUUUCCAUAUACAUGUGAUUUAGAUUUAAAAAUUAACUUUUUGUAAAGAAAUGUAUUGAUUGAGAAGGAUGAGUGUAAGCUAUGUUAUUAUGUAGUAGAAGAAAAAAAAAACUAGUGCAGUAGACCUCCAAAUUAAUCAAUGCAGGGGGCUAUGUUUUAAUAUUUAAAGCGGAAGCUAAUAAGCUUCAUUGAUUCUACAUUCACUAGGUUUAAGAAUCGCUGUGCAAUGGCUACUGAGCAGAAAGAAACUGUAUUGGUGACUGGUGGUGCAGGCUAUGUAGGUAGUCAUACUGUCAUCACACUGUUAGAAGGCAACUAUAAUGUUGUUGUCAUAGACAACUUUGCCAAUGGAAAUGAAGGUAAGUUUUCUAUAGCAUUCAUUUUCAGGGGAAUUACAUUUACUGCUGUUGUUUUUUGCAGUUUUAUUAUACCUCAGUAUUUCACUUCAGUGGGAUAGCUACAAUGCCAAUGCUGUUUUGAAAUUAUAAUAAAACAAAUAGUUGAAAUAUUUUCAACUAACUAAAGUACAGCAUGCUUUCAUGUUGACAAUUUUAAUUAAGGUUGUUGUUUUUAUUUUUGGAGGAUGUUGUUUUUUUAAAUAAAAAAGUAAUGCAAAUUUAAAUGUUGUAUUUAGAAAUAAAGUUUUAGUGUCUAUAAAUAUGGAAAUUAACUUAAUGGCAAUAAAAACUUUGAUUUUUUUUUUUAAAUUUGUAAGUUUUCAAAUAGUUCUUAAUAUUUGUGUGUUCUUCCUAAUAUUCUAUUAUUGGUUUAAGCAAAUCACUCUUUAUGGCCUUUGUGAGUAAAUCAACAUUUAGCUUCUUCUACUGGGAUUAACAUAUAGUAUCUGCAUAAAAUAUUUGUCUUGCAAUCUCUCCCUGGCCCUACCUUAAGAGUUGGGUGUUGUAAAGAUUUGGCGUGAAAUGUAGGGAGUAUGAGUAUGAUUUAUUUAUCUUUGUGCAUGCAUAAUAUUUACAUAGCUGCUUAAAAAACAGUUAUUUACAUUUAUUCCAUGAUUUUCUUCGCAGAAUGUAUACAUAGAAUUGAAACUCUUACAAAGUCAAAAGUACCUUGUUACCAUGUUGAUCUUUUAAAUAAAAGGGAGGUCCUUGAUGUUUUUAAAAAGGUAAUAUUGGACAAGAAUUCUUCCUUGAUUAGAUGUCAAAGAAAUUACAUUGGGUGUAACCCAUUAUGAAAUCUCAAGGUUGUGCAUAAUUAAUGAUAGGCAGACAAAUCCUGCACUAACUAAUUUGAAUACUUGUUAAAAUUAAAAUUAUUAAAAGCUCUUUAUCUAGCCACUCAGAUACUCCUUGCCUUAAUGCAUGUAAAAGACUGGUUCCAAGCACAAUUUAUAUGUGCAAGGAAGGGAUACAUGUCAGUUUGAUAGUGCAUAGUUUUCUUGAUGCGGUAGUACCCUCCUUUUCGUGUUGGUUCAGUCUCCGGUGAUAAUGAAUAUAGUAUGUUUAGAAAAAAUUAUUACAAAAAUAGUAAAAUCAAUGAAAUUUGAAGUUGACACUAUUAAUCAAAUCAUAUCCAGAAUAUUUAAAAAUUUGUGCCCAGAACCCCAAAUCGUAAAUCAAUAUAAAAAUGCUUAUCUGUUAUGCGCUGUAUUUCAGGCUAUGGAAUGGAAACUUUGCAUCAGCUUAGAGAUAUUCAACAAGCUGCUCAUAACUAAAUAUGUUUAUAGUUAAUGUCACCAUGGGAAAAAUUAUUGAGUUUUUAAAUUAUGUAAUUACAUUUGAGGAAUUACCAUAAUGUGUUGAUUGUAUCAAUGUUUAAUUCUCUUGUUGCCAUAGCAUCCUGACAUCUCUGUUGUGAUACACUUUGCUGCCUUGAAAGCAGUGGGAGAGUCUGUUGCAAAGCCUUUACUAUAUUACAGGGUCAAUGUUUUGGGAACAAUCAAUUUAAUAGAGGUCAGUGGUUUAUGAUGACACUACAAGUUAGUGUGCUUAAGUGUUAAAUAAUUUCAAAAGCUGAUAAAUAUGUCUACAUCAUCUGACUUUACAAAGCCAGCACAUGAAAUAUGUGAUCGAUUAAUUCAUAGAGUGAAAGGGAAAAGGUUGUGCUCUUUAAAAUCUUGACUUGAUGUAUGCAAUGAUUUUAACAGGAUUCAGCAAUAACAUAUAAUAAGACAUAAUUUAAAACAAUGGUUCAAUUAUUUUACCUAGAAAUAGGCUUUUUUUAACCUAGUCUUUAUUUUUGUAUUAGAACUUACAAAAUGAAAAAUAUAUUUUUGUUAAAUUCUAUAGCUUUAUGAAAGAUAUACUCUGUUCUAACAUGUCAAAUUUUUACGUAAUGUUUUUAUGAUUACAGGCCAUGUGUGAAAGUGGGGUUACAAAAAUUAUUUUCUCAAGCUCUGCCACUGUUUAUGGUGAUCCCAAGUACUUACCAAUGGAUGAGAAACAUCCAGUGGGAAACUGUACAAGCCCUUAUGCUAAGACUAAACACUUUGUUGAAGAAAUCUUAUUUGACAUCUGUCGUAUCAAACCGGUAUGUCCAUUAAAUUGUUUACUUAAUUAAUUUUGAAAGACAGUGCCACAAAUCCAACAUCAUUGAAAGAUUCAUAGCAAUUUCAUUUACACCAGGUUUAAACUGUCAAGUUCCAGAAUACCAUACGUUUCUAAAUGAAAUUUACUGAAUACCUCUUGCUGAAAUUUAAAGUUACAUAUGCUUCUAGGAGUGGAGUGCUGUUGUAUUGCGUUACUUCAACCCUGUUGGGGCUCACAGCUCUGGAAUAAUUGGAGAAGAUCCACAAGGUGUGCCAAAUAACUUGACACCCUAUGUUUCUCAAGUUGCAAUAGGAAAGAGGCAAGAGCUGAUGGUCUAUGGCGAUGAUUAUGAUACCCAUGAUGGGACAGGUAAUAGUUUAGCAUUUUUAUAUAGCAUCAUUUGAAUGAAUAUUGCUUUAAUUUAAAGAAAAAAGCUUAUACUCUUAACCAGGCCUGCACAACAUACGGCCCGCAGGACUCAUGUGGCCCGCCAGCACCCACUUGGCAGCCCGCGAAGUAACAAAAUAUUCUUUAUGAUUAUUAUUUUCUUAAUAGCUUUACCCCUGUCCUAUCAUGUUUCAGCCCGCACACGCUUUUCAUAAAGUAUUAUGGCCGCACAAGUUUUUCAUGAAGUAUUACGGCCCGCCUUACACUUUGAUUUGUGCAGGCCUGCUCUUGAUCAUAGUUGAUCAUUUUGCUGUCAUAUAUUUUGAAAAACAAAACUCACACUUAACAAUAAAUUUUACCCACAUAUUUAUUAAAUUUAAUUAAUUUUUGUUUAUAUCACUAUAGUUUCUUGCAUCUAUUUUUGUUUACUCUUACGAUUUUGGCGUACAAUGUACGAUUUUGAGGUGUAAAAGUAUAUACUGUAUGCAUCUUUUUUACUCUAAAUAUAAGGUAUUAAACGAUUUUGUGAUGAUAUUGUACGAUUUUAAGAGUUUGAGGGUAAACAGUUCUGCAUCACUAUAAUUUCUUGCAUCUAUUUUUGUUUACAUCACUAUACUUUCUUGCAUCUAUGUAUAUAUCUGAAUGCUUUUUGACACCCCUAAGUCUCAGCUUAUUAAUCUUGUUACCUCAUCCAACUUUACUGUUUAUUAUCCAGGAGUAAGGGAUUAUCUGCAUAUUACUGAUUUGGCUAGAGGACAUAUAGCAGCCAUGAAAAAAGUCAAAACUACCAAUGGAUUUAAUGUAAGCAUGACUAUUUUCAGCAAAUUAUGCCUUUUAUUUCCGCCCACCUAAAAGUUUCUUUUACAUAUUUUGAUUUCAUUUAUUGUUUUCAAACUAGAGACCGACAGAAUUUCGGUUUGGGUGCCGAAAGUUGCUUUUUGAUCACUUUCGACCUAGUUUUGGCCAAAGCUGAAAAAAAUAAUUUUUGGCUUGAUUUUGGUUUGGGCUGAAACUGAAAAGUUAACUUUUGGUUUCUGCAGAAAGUGAUUGAGACUUUCGGCCAAAAGUGCCUGAGGUUUUCGGUCAUCUACCAGAAGACAGUCUGUCUGCCUACAAUCCGAUAUUCAUUUUUGCUCGACGUCUUGCUGUAAUCCUAUGUUAUAUGAUUAAUACUCAGCGAAAAUUGCUCACAGCUGUUUGAUGACUUAACUUGUCGUAUAUUUUCAAAAAAUUAAAAUUUCAAUUAGGCCUAGGCAAAGGUAUAUAGUUUUGUGGAAGAACAACUAAUGGAAUGGUAAUAUUUAUAUCCUUAUUUUGUUUUAAUUUUUUCAAAAAUAAAAAUUUGGAACCCUAGGUUAAUUAAUUCCUUCAUUAGUGAUAUUCAUUUUGAUUUAUCAUUAUCAUGCUCAUCAAUGUUGUCAUAGGCUAAGGUGAAUAAUAUUGAAUAAUCCUAGGAAUUGGUAAUAUUUCCAUUAUUAUUUUUGUUUAAAUUAAGGAAACUUUUAGGCUUUUUCAAUUCAUUCUUUUCUUGAAAUUCAUCUUUAUCAUGCUCAAAAACAUUGUUAUUGACAAAAUAACACGCUUGUGCAUGUAUCCCGGGUUCAUCUUAUAAUUAUGUAGUAGGUCACUGCAAAUCUGUUUACUUUUAUGAUUUUGGCGACAAUUUACAUGUUAUUUGCAAAUCUCCGUCGAGACCUGUCGGAACAACAAUUUUAAGAGACCCGGUUGAAAAAAAAUUCCCCUACUAAUGGGGGUGAGGGAGGUUGGUUGCCGAACGAAAUAAUUACCUCACCAGUACGGAAAGACUGGUGUGUUAGUUCUAGGCUAAAUAUUAAUACAGGGAUAUCUUGCCAGGUAUUUGUGACAGCACAAAGCAUUAGUAUGGCGAUAACUGCAAAAUUGUGAUGAUAUUUUUAUAGCCUUGAUAAAUGAUAUUUAGAUGACUAUUGACUCUAUUAGUGCCAAAAUAAUUAUAGUAGGUAGUAUCAGGUAUACGUUCUUGGUUGUAAUUAUAGUAUAGAAGUAAAGGGCACUCAAUGGUCUAUUUUUCAUGACUUUUGCCACACUUCCUCCCCCCUCGAGUCCAAACUUUCUCUUACCACACUACUUUAAAAAAUAAACAUUUUAAAGAAAUUUAAGUUACUUUUAUAUUAAAAUGGUAAAAGCCAAAGUAUUCAUUAGAUGUUUAUUUAUUAAAAUUCACGAUAUUCUCAUUUUUUAAAAAGAAUAUGAAUGUUGAUACUUAACCCCAUAGAUGUAUGUAGAAUGUAUGCAUGAAUGAAUUUCAAAAUAUACAAAUAUUUCGGUUUCGGCCAAAAGUCACUUUAAGCUUUUGGCUUCAGUUUCGGCCAGUCAUUUUUAUCUUUCGGUCUAGUUUCAGCUUCAGCUGAAUUCAGAAAGUCACUUUCGGUCGGUCUCUAUACAAAAUAAAAACUUUAUUUAAAAAAGUAAAUAAAAUAAGAUAAUCUGAUCAGAUUAUAAUUAGGUCUCUUAAUAAUUUUAUUAUAUGUAUAUGUUAUUUUUGUCUCCUUUAUGUUGACUGCUUCAGGCGUACAACCUUGGAACAGGUAAAGGCUCAUCUGUCCUAGACGUGGUCAAGGCGUUUGAAAAGGCCUGUGGAAAAAAGGUAGAUUUAACUGGUGAACAAUCAUUGUGAAGCUUGUGAUAGUAAUACUUCAGUCCUCAAUAUUUAGUCAAAUUAAUUACUCUGUAAUUACUUUGUAAUUUUGCAAUUUGCUAAAACCAUAUAACAGCAAUAAAAAUGGAAUGUUAAGUGUUGCGUGCAAUGUAAUAAGAUUGUUUUAUUUUACUAUUUUAUGUCUUAAAUGUCUAGAUUAAUUACAAGAUAGUUCCAAGGAGAGAUGGGGAUGUGGCCACAAUGUGUGCUGACCCAAGAAAGGCAGAAGCUGAGCUUGGCUGGACAGCAAUCCACACACUUGAUGAUAUGUGUGAGUAAUAUACAUUGCAUAACAUACAUUGAAUAACAUACAUUGAAAUUCUCUUUAGUUUUAAACUAUGAGAAAUUUUCUCUUAUGAUCUUAAAAGGCUCCUAAGUGUUAAGCGUGUGUCUAUUUAGUUCUAAAUUUUCAUUAAUUAUUUUGUCCACACAUUGCAAAAAAGAAAAUAAUUGAUCUUUAACCUUCAUUGUACCCUGGGUUUUCCCCGCUUGAGAGUACCCCAAGGGUGAAAUCCACCGGUUUAUAUAUAUGUAGAGGAAAAAAAUAUCCACAUCUCAUCUGUUUCGUCAAUAGAUUUGUAUGUGGCUUAUUUGGGACAGAGGGUGCACAGACUUAAUGAAUACCUGUAAUGCUUUAGAGAGACUUUUCCAUCACAUUGCUCAAGGAAUGACUUACAUUUGACAGCUGCAUCCUCUUCUUGAUGUCUGUUGUCAUCAAAUGCCUUACAAUCUCCAUGAUAAAAUACUGUCUGUUGUCAUCAUCAAAUGCCUUACAAUCUCCAUGAUAAAAUACUGUCUGUUGUCAUCAUCAAAUGCCUUACAAUCUCCAUGAUAAAAUACUGUCUGUUGUCAUCAUCAAAUGCCUUACAAUCUCCAUGAUAAAAUACUGUCUGUUGUCAUCAUCAAAUGCCUUACAAUCUCCAUGAUAAAAUACUGUCUGUUGUCAUCAUCAAAUGCCUUACAAUCUCCAUGAUAAAAUACUGUCUGUUGUCAUCAUCAAAUGCCUUACAAUCUCCAUGAUAAAAUACUGUCUGUUGUCAGUAUUGCUUUCAGUAUUGCUUGUCUGGUUGUGCUUCGACCACAAAAUCCUUGUGGAAAGAGCACCCAAAUCUAAAAUAUUGUAAAACACUACCGUUGGCCACCACUUCAUUUUGCGCUUGCAUGUAAAGAGGUGUGCGAAUUGGUCCUUGCAGCCAAUGCCGCCUUUGGUUUUGUUAUAGGCAAUUACAAUUUUACUCUUCAGUUUUUCGCCUAGAGUCACAGCAUUGUCAUCAUGCAUGGUGCUCAAUAGAGUGAAAUUUUUUUUUCCUUUUUGACUGUUUGGAUACGAUAAUGGCCUCUGCUGAAAAUCCAAAAAUUGAACAAUUCAACUUUUGAUAUUUGGGCUGUUGGAGCUGUUGGGGUAGAAACCUUUUAUUUUGUCUUACUGGCUGAAUAAUGGUGAGGCAUUGCUUUGUGAGAUUGUUAGCAAGCUUCAAGUCAGUUGUCAAUUGUGAUGUUGCUGCCACUGCCAUUGAAUUGCUCAACAAGUUCCAGAACGUCUUUGCUCCAAGAUUUUGUGUCUUGCUGUUGUCUCCUGGUCGAGGUGCCUCUUUCCCCCAAUACGGCGUCCCUUUCACCAGAUUAGACAUUUCUGCAUCACAUGCCCAGAAAAUCUUGUUGACAUACUUAUCUGGUUUGUUGGAAAGUGCACCUUCCGCAAAAUGGGAUGAGCUGCUCUUCAACUUUGAUGUUACUGCAGGGAACAUAGUGUCAGCUAAGAUUUCUUUGGAAAGUAUCCCAAAUUUCUAUGAUUGGGGCUAACUGGCUUUUCUUUGUGUCCUUGUUUUUUAGCCAUGAAAUCUCAAUUUAGAUGAGACACAAAAUUUUCCUUGACAUUGCUGCUUGAAGUUGGUAUUUUGUGAAGUUUCUAUUUCAUCUUAAUUUGUAUUAGUCUUUCUUCAUUUUUCUUCCAUCUGUGAUUAAAUCACUAUAAUAUCAACCAUUUUUGAAGUUAUGUAUUGCUGAAAAAUGUUUACUCGUUCCCGAAAGGAGGCACUUUUUGCUAUGCCUUCUUUCAAGAUAUUCUCCUGUGGCAAAAACAGUGAGUGAUUUCCCAUAGAGCCAAAACUAUCAGAACAAUAAUCCUUGAGUAACAGAUUUUUUUGGUAAACAUAUUAUGCAGGUUAAAGGUUCUUGUCAUUGUUUCAGGCUUAUUUUUUUAUUCUUUAUUUGUUACCAGAUGUUGGCCACCCACAGGGUACUGCCCACCCACAGGGUACUGCCCACCAACAGGGUACUGCCCACCAACAGGGUACUGCCCACCCACAGUGUAAUGCCCACCCACAGUGUACUCCCCACCCACAGGGUACUGCCCACCCACAGGGUACUGCCCACCCACAGGGUACUGCCCACCCACAGGGUACUGCCCACCCACAGGGUACUGCCCACACACAGCGUACUGCCUACCCACAUUGUACUGCCCACCCACAGUGUACUGCGCACCCACCCACGGGGUACUGCGCACCCACCCGCAGGCUAAUGCCCACCACAGUGUACUGCCCACACACAGGGUAAUGCCCCCCACAGUGUACUGCCCCCACACAGUGUAAUGCCCACCACAGUGUACUGCCCACACACAGGGUAAUGCCCACCCACAUUGUACUGCCCACACACAGGGUAAUGCCCACCCACCAACAGUGUAAUGCCCCCACACAGGGUAAUGCCCACCACAGUGUACUGCCUACAAACGGGGUAAUGCCUACACACGGGGUAAUGCCCACACACAGGAUACUUACAAGGAUGCUGCUUUCUAUUGGCCCAUAGUCCAUAAUAUUAAAAUUAUGUCCAGAACACCUUUUUAUUGUUCCCAUAUAAAUGCGCUGGGUAGAUGAGGCAUUUACAGGGCACAAUAGACAAGGUUUUGACCCACAGGGUACAGUGAAGGAUAACAUUUAAAUGUAAUUUGCUAAACUUCAGUUAGAUUGGCACCUUAAUAUUUAAAACCAAACUGUUGCUCUGGAGAAUCCUGUCUUAUAUAGCUUUGAUAAUGGAUACAUGCUAAUUAUGGAUUUAAAAAAGUAUUGAAAUCUUUAGCAUUUUUACUAUUUGUUUUGAUUGACGCUGUAUGUAAGAAAAGGAUUUAAGAUUCUUUUUUACAUCUGUUAAUUUUAUUUAUUUCUUGAUGCUUAAAGGUCGAGAUCUGUGGAAUUGGCAAACUAAGAAUCCAAAUGGCUUCAAGAUUAUAAAUGGAGUCAAGCAUUAAUGGUCAAGUUGGUAGUAAAAUCAUUGUGUGAGGAUAGACUGCUCUAUAUCAUGACAAGUAACAUGACUAUCUUUACUUUGAUUUGGAGCACAUGUGAAUACAAUUUCUUGCCAGUUUCUAUGCUAAUUUACAAUGUAACUUAAUAUUUUUAAUGUGUCCAUUGUAAUGGUGUUGGUUAUAAAUAAUGAAUGUAUUCUAAUGGUAUCUCAUACAUUUGUUAUUGAAAACAUUCCCUUUAUUUCAAAUAAUGUUACAUUGUUUCUCUUGAUGCUGUUGUAUUACUUUAAUAUUUUUCUAUGACCAAACUGAAUUUGAGUUGAUGAAACUUGCAGUUUUGAUUAAUAUACUUUGUUUGAUGCUAUUUUGACAUACAAGAGAAAAAUGAAUAAUCAAUUGUACUCCUAUUUUAUACUGGAAGUGUUACAUUUUACCCUAACUUCUUCAACGAAAAAAUAUAUGCUGUGAUAAAUUUCCCCACUGUUAAAUAGUCAUCAAAUAAUUAUUACUGCUUUAUUAGUGUUUGUUGUUUACAUUUUUUUUUUUACAUUAUUUAUUUAAAUUUAACAUCAACUGACAUGGCCUAAGCUUUCUAUAGAGGAAAUUUUUUGACAUCAUAUUAUAAUGUGGCUUUUUAAAAUAUAUAUGAUAUGUCUUAUUAAAAAAUAGCAUUUAUCCAAAAGUUAAAGUAUGGCUGCAUUUCCUGCAUCUUUGUUUUAACUUAAUUCUGGCUACCACAUUUAAUAUUUUAUUAAUAUAUUGAGGCUUUUUCCUUGUGCUACUAUUUCCACCCAUUUUAUUUUAAUUUUAGGAUGUGUUACAUUUUAAAUUUGUUUUCCAAAUGUAGAAUUAGGAGGAGAAAAAACAACUCUACAUUUUCUGAAUAUUUUACACAUGUGACAUUCCCAUUUAAAAACAUAUUAUUGUGUGCUGUACUAAGAUUCUUGGAAUAUCAAAACAUACAUUAUAACAAAUUAUAAGCUUGAUUCCAUACAUAGGUUACUGAGAGUUAAAAAAAAAUUAAUUAUUAUAUACCAUGUGCAUUCCAGUAUAUGGCAAAAACUAUUUUUGUAAUUGUCGCAUGUAUUUAAAUUUACAUUUAUUUUUUAAAAUUUGCUCCAACACAGGCCUGCACAGCUCAAAAUGUAAGGCGGGCCGUAAUACUUAAUGAAAAACUUGUGUGGGCCAAAAGAAAAUAAGACAGGACUUGUGCGGGCCAAAAUAAAAUUUGGGGGUGGGGUGGGGCGCAAAGCUAUUUAGAAAAUAAUGAGAAUAAAGAAUAUUUGGUUACUUCGCGGGCCGUAAAGUGGGUGCUGGCGGGCCUCUGUUGUGCAGGCCUGCUCAUGACACAUGCAAAUAUUAAUUUUAAAACCUGCUAGUGUAUCCAUAAUUUGCUGUAACUGAGUCAUCUCAGGUGUGGAUUCCAUCAAAGAGAUAUUUAUAUCAUAUCUUGUAAUUUUGCACCGAGGAGUUUGAUCCUCAUUCUUUUGGAUGGUUUUGUUUACUAAACAUUGAAAUCAAAGAUUUUGAUCUUAAAUUUUAAUAGUUAAAUGUGAAUAAGAGAAACAUAUUUUAUAGGGUAUUGUUUUUCAAAUGGUUUUCAUAAUUUUCUGUCCAUAAAAUCAAAUUAUGGUGCUUUUGUUGUAUCUUAAAAAUUCUACUCUAUAUUUCAUGCAUUGUCAAAUUGUUAUUGACUCACAUUUAUUGAUUAAUUUCUUGUUACUUUUUAAAUAUUAAAUUUAUGGAAUAAUUAUUUAUGACAUAUGUUAUGUUACGGAGCCCUAUUUGAAAAUCAAACAAGGAAAAAUCCUUUGAAACGACUGUGAAACUUAGAAAAUUUGGUGUUUUAUAAAUGAAAAUGCAGUUUCAUAGACAUUCCUAGUAUACUUUUACACUGAAGAUUGUUCUUUCCUGAAACACUUUAUUGGAUUAGGCAUUGUCAAUCUCAGAACACUAAAAUUAAAAUAAACCACAGGAUCUUGAAGGUGUUAAAAUUUAUUAUAUACAUUCUUAUAGCAAUUGUGUUCAUUUUUUACAUGCACAAUUUAUUUAAAAAUCUCAAACUGUUUUUACUAAAUUGUAUAAUUAUAUUGUUAGAGUAAAAUUUGAAUCUAUAAUAAAUAAUAUUUUUCUCUAUAAUUGAAUGUGAAUAGAAACAUGCAUUUAACCAAAGUAUUGAUUAAAUUAAUAUCAGUACAAAAAAACUACAC